GGCGAGGGGGCGGGGAAGGACGCUGCGUCCCGCGCACGCGCUCUCCCGCCUCGGCGUUUCCAUGGCAGCCGCAGCCAACGGGCCGCCGGGCGAAAAUGAGCGCAGCCGCCGAAGUGGAGGAGCAGGUGGCGCGGCGCUACGAGAUCAAGCGGCGCCUCGGCAAGGGGGUGCGUGGGGCGGGGCGGGGGGGGGGUCGCCGCCUGGAGGACAAGCCCCCCUAACACCCCUUCUCGGCGCGGGCGGAGCCAGGAGCUCAGAGGCCCCCGUCUUCCUAUUGAUUAACUUGAGGGGGGCGCUGCCCCCUUUGGCCACGCCUCUGACGCCCCUCUUCGCCCCCCGCAGGCCUACGGGAUCGUCUGGAAGGCCGUCGAUCGCAAGACGGGCGCCGUCGUGGCCGUCAAGAAGAUCUUCGACGCCUUCCGGAACCGGACUGACGCUCAGGUGAAGCCCCCCCCCCCCGGGAGACGCCCACAAUUGAUGGAGGCGCAGCAGGGGCUCGACUAGAUGACCCCCCGGAUCCCUUCCGGAUGCUGUGAGAGAGAAAGGGAGAGGGAGAGACUUGUCGCCAUAGAGAUCGGAAGGAGCUUAAGGGCACGGGCGCCUGAGGCUUUGAGGCGGCCAAAUGCAGGUCCUUGAACUAAUUAAAGCAAUAUACAAUCAUAGAAUCUUAGAGUUGGAAGGGACCCGAGGGUCCUCCAGGCAGAACCUUGAUUCUGGGCUGGGAGAGUCGUGUAUUUUUGCCUGGGAAACAAACGACCCUCUGAGCGAAAGUGACCAGAGGGAGUCGAGGAGGGAUGAGAAGGACAGCUUCUGCAGCAGCGUCUUAGAGCUCUUUUUAACAAUCCAAAGGCUCAAAUAAAUAAUAAUAUAUUAUUAUUCUUGCAGUUACUAUUGUAUAUAGAAUCGUGGUUAUUAUUACUAAGUGAUAAUAAUAAUCCCCAGCUUGGCCAAUAUGGCUGCAGGGCAUAGAACAUGUGGGGCAUUGUGGAACGUUGAUGUGCUUAUUGCAUGACUUUACUGGGACCCUGAGAAGCUACUCCGUCCUCAGCCAAUGGUAUGUGUUUCUUUUCAGAGAACCUUCCGGGAGAUUAUGUUCCUUCAGGUAAGCAAUGACUGUCUCUUGGCUUUUGACCCGCGCUUCUGCUUCUCCCAGAAUGCCCUUUUGUCUGCGUGUCACUGGGGACAACACUGGAUUUCUGUGGCUACACAUGUAUUUGUUACAGGGAAAUUGGAAGGGGGAUGAGAGACACCCCCCCAUGAGCCUUGCCUCUCCACACCAGAGACAAAGAGUCUCCGCUACACAAAUUUUCACUCACACAGGUACCACAGAGAUAUUUCCCUGCCUAUUACCAAACUUUUUAUGCUUUUGAACUAACUUUCACGUUAAACAAGUACAUGAUUGACUUGAGUGGUAAUUAAAGCAAUAUACAAUCAUAGAAUCUUAGAGUUGGAAGGGACCCAAGGGUCAUCUAGUCCAACCCCCUGCAAUGCAGGAACCUCACCUAAAGCAUCCAUGACAGAUGGUCAUCCAACCUCUGUUUAGAAACUUCCAAGGAAGCAGAGUCCACAACCUCUUAUGGGAGUCUGUUCCACUGCUGAGAAGCUUACUGUCAGAAAGUAUUUCCAAAUGUUUAGUCGGAAUCUCCUUUCUUGUAACUUGAAGCCAUUGGUUUGAGUCCUACCCUCCAGAGCAGGAGAAAACAAGCAUGCUCCCUCUUCCAUGUGACAGCCCUUAAGAUAUUUGAAGAUGGCUAUCGCAUCCCUUCUCAGUGUCCUCUUUCCAGGUUAAACAUACCAAGCUCCUUCAACCGUUCCUUAUAAGGCUUGGCUUCUAGAUCCUUGAGCAUCUUGGCUGCCCUCCUCUGCACAUAUUCCAGCUUGUCAACAUCCUUCUUAAAUUGUGGUGCCCAGAAUUGGGCACAGUAUUCUCAGAAAGGUGUCUGAAACACCCUCUGUUGUAGCUUUUCCCAACUUGGUGCCCUCCAGAUGUUGUUGGAGUCAAACUCCUUUCAUCAUCCCUGAUCGUUGCCCAGGCUGGCUGCUGUGGUUGAUGGGAGCUGGAGUUCAACAACAUCUGGAGUGCGCCAGGUUGGGGAAGAAGACGACAUUACAAUUGUCAAGCAUAUUCGCUUUGGCAGAAUAUUUAUUACACCAAAGUUGGAGUUAGAAAACCAUCUUGCUGCAGAUGAGUAACCAAGACUUGAGGAGGGUACCUUCUCAUGGGAACACCUGUGAGUCAGUGCCAGGCUCUUUCUCUGCAGCCGCCAGAUGAGUCUUCCUGCAUGCAAACAGCGACUCAGCCCACAGUCCCAGUGGUGGUUUUCUGUUUAGAGUAUGUUGGGCUCUGCCAGCAAGCUCUGUGAAGAGUCCUCAAGAGUAGCCGCCAUUGAUGGGCAGGUCUUUCUUCCUGCAGGAAUUUGGAGAGCAUCCAAACAUCAUCAGACUCUUGAAUGUCAUCCGAGCUCAGAAUGACAAGGACAUCUACCUGGUUUUUGAGUCUAUGGGUGAGUGUUUCCUGACUGUAACUUAGGCUUCCUUCUUGUGGAGAGGACCUUGACAAUGAGGAGCAGGAAGCCAGAGUAAAAGUGCAUGUUGAGCAGAACAUUUUGAGUGCAGGGUAAAUGCUACCAAGGGAGGGAAGGCUGAAAGCAGCUGACCCACAGGCUUGUAAACAAACAGGCCACCAAGGCCAAAGGGGGAGAUGCCAAAAGGAAGGUCCCCUUUGGGUGGCUCUUUGGGAAUAGCGAGGGCAGGGCUCCCCCUCUGUGAUCGUGACCUGGAGGAGUCUUCCCUGAGUGGGAGGCAGACACUGCAGAGUCUGUGCUAAGUGUCUGUGUGCGCAACUCUGGUGAGCACUUCAAUCAGUGGCUCUUUGCUACACACAUGAAUAGCUAGGAAACAGCUACGUCUGGUGCAAGUAUAGUAGCAGCAUGGUGGGGGUGUUGGAGUAAACAUGGUUAGGGGGCAUGGUCAUCCUGUUACUGGCUAUCCGUAAGUUAUACCUGGGGUGAGGGGAGACCCGUGGAUGGUUUACAGGGGGCCCUAAUGGAUGACCUCUCUCAAGGGGGAAGCAGGGGGAGUGUGGCCCUGUUGCCACUGUUGGAUCUCUCAGUGGCCUUUGAGGCAAUUGACUGCAAUACCUCCUGGCAUUCCUCCCUGGAUUGAGAGCUGGAGGCACUGCUUUACAGCUAGUCUAGGAGAGUCUCCUUGGGGCACUGUGUGUCUACCUCCCAACACCUUAGCUGUGCAGUGCCACAGGGCACUAUUUUACUCCAGUGCUAUUUAACAUCUUCAUGAAGGUGUUGAGAGCAAUCAUCCGGAAGUUUGGGGCACAGGGUCAUCACUACACUGAUGACACCCAACUCCAUUUUGCUGUUAAAUCUGCUCACAGGUUGUCAUUCAGAGUCCUGGGUUAAGCUCUGAGAUAUUUGUGACCCUCUUGGCUGAAACUUUUGGGGUAGUCCUUGCAGGCCUGGGUUUGGAGGCGGUCUAGCAGAAGGGCCAGGGUUUGUGGUCUUGGGCUGAAUGGUCAAGGCAGUGCCAGGCACCCACUGCUUCUCUGCUGUUCCCCGUUUCAGAGACCGACUUGCAUGCGGUGAUCAAGAAGGGAAAUUUACUGAAAGAUAUUCAUAAGUGUUACAUCCUGUAUCAGCUGUUAAAAGCCACCAAAUUCAUCCACUCAGGAAACGUCAUUCAUAGGGACCAGAAGGUACAUGUGUGGGAAGGACUUGGGCUCCAGCCAUACGUUGAAUUAAAGGGGGGGGGUGAAAUGCUGUAGUGGGUGGGUCUCCCUCGUUCAAUUUUAUCUUUAUUACAUUAUUACAUCUCCUUCCAAACAGCUCAGGAUUCAUACUUGGUUCUUUCUUUGCCUGUGACGUAGGUUGGUUUGAGAGAGAGUAACUGGCUCUGGAUCACCCAGUGCAUUCCCUGGGCAAGCAGGGAUUGAACUUGGGUGUCCCUGCUUGUAACCUAGGACUCCAACCACCACACAGACAGGAUGGCUGAUUCUUGUGUUCUUUCACUCCCUGAUACCUUUUCCACAUGCAGCCUUCAAACAUCCUGCUGGAUGCAGACUGCUUUGUCAAGUUGUGUGACUUUGGACUGGCCCGUUCCCUGUGUCAGAUCCACCAGGAUCAAGACAGCCCUGCCCUGACAGAGUAUGUUGCUACUCGAUGGUACCGGGCCCCUGAGAUUCUGCUUUCCUCUCACAGGUAAGGAGGGUGCCUCAGGAGCCUCGGAGAGGCUGAGGAGCUUGAGUCUGUGGCUUGCUACUCACAGCCUCCCAUCCUCACUUCCUCGCCUUUGAGACAGGUGAGGCUGUGCAGGGACUGGGCUGGUGCCUGGAGGCAGCGAUAGGCAGGCAGGCUGGCUGAGGGCCAACGGAUAGAAGUUGAAUCUUGGCAAGGCAAUGGGAGUGGGGGGGUCCUGUGUCAGGGAGUUGGGGAGCCAGCCUGUUCUCAAUGGAGCUGCCCACUCCUGAAGUAGCAGCGUGGUGGCUUGGCAGUCCUCCUUGGUCUGGAUUUGCCACCAUUGCUCCUCCUGGGUUGAGCUGCCUUUGCCACGCUCUGGUGACCCCUCAGCCGGACUCUUGUCAUGCUGGGUGCAGUGUGCUGUUGCUGGCUUUGCAGGUGGCAUGCCAAUCCAGAGCCGUGGCACCUCCCCUUGGGGAGCUGAGCUGGCUGCCUGCUUGCUGUUGGCUCCACAUGAGUGUGUUAGUCCCAAAGCAAGAGGACCCAAGUCCCUAGAAGUCAGUCUGUUCUCACAUUGGCCCAGCCAAGCCUUGCAGUUGGUGGGGCAGGCCAUUCAGAUGUCCCAUCAACGGGCGUGGCUUGGUGCCCAGUGGUGGUGGACCAGGCCUUCUCUGCAGUGCCCUGACCAGAGGAACUCCCUCCCUCAUGGAGAUGGUGACCCCCCCCCCACCUCCCAUCUGUCAGAAGGUGAAUGAAAAUGCUCUUCUUCACACCAGCUUUGUGGUGAGGACUGUGGAAGGAACGUUACAAUUAAAGUGCAGCUGAACUGUUUUCAUUCUUGAACAGUUUUACUGCUUUUGAUUUUAUAUGUCACUUCAUGAUCUUUUGUGCUUUGCCCUGAUGAAAGGUGGUCUAGAAAAACAAUGAAAUACAUUUCUUCCUCUGGGGGCACUAGUGGCAUUGGGGUGCCAGUCCCAAGGGGCACUGGCAGGUCCAGAUCCAGCCCCAAACUAUCCCUUGUUUGGUGGGGGCCUGAAGUGAGCAACUUUUUGCCAGUACACAAACACCAGGGAAUAGGAGUGAUGUGGAAGGAAGAAAGGGAAAGGAAGAAAGCAGGAUCAAGCACAUCUUCAGGGCAUCAGGUCUGGAUAUCUGUGUUGAGGGAUGCCAGGAGCCCUUGGAUGUCUGACUCUUGAGGCCCAACAUGGAUGUCUUCUUCCUUGCUUGCAGCUACACGAAGGGUGUGGACAUGUGGAGCCUGGGCUGCAUCUUGGGCGAGAUGCUCCUGGGGAAGCCUCUCUUCCCUGGCACAUCCACAGUCAACCAGCUAGAGCAGAUUCUGCGUGUUGUUCCUGCUCCCUCCCCAGAAGGUGAGAAGGUUUCGCGGAGGAGGAGAGCCAGCUCAAGGAAAGGGGGACCUUUGGAAGUUCUGUGGGUGCUGCCGAGAGUGUGGCAAAGGAGUGAAAAGGUGCCAGCCCCCUUUCCGGCUGCAGCUACAGAACUAUACUUUUAAGCCAGCACCAAAAGAACUCAGCUCCAUAUGGGACUGCCCUUAGGGCUGCUGGUGCAGAAUGUGACGGCUAGACUGCUGAUGGGGAGAUCUGAUUGAGAGCAUGUGACACCCUUGUUAAAAGAGCUGCACUGGCUGCCCAUCUGCUACCCAGAGAGAUUCAAGGUCCCUGAAGUACUUGGGUCCAGGGUGCCUCAGGCAUCGCCUGAACCCUUAGAACCCAGCUCAGUCCCUGAGAUCAUAUGCAGGAACAUCUAUGGUCAUUCCAUGAACUGGUGAGGCUAAUUUUACAACAUCUGUGUCAUUGGCCCAGUCCUGAGGGGCUGGUUGACUCCCAGGGCCCACCUCUGCAGCCCUGCGCUCCUGCUGCUGCACUGUGUGUGGUGUUCCGCUGGGAAGGAGGGAGAGAGCAAGCAGAGGACGGGUGAGUGGCACUUCCCUGGCUGAAGCGCCUGCCUCCCGUCCUGGUGAGGUUGACUGACUGCCUUGCUGUUGCAGAUGUGGCCGCCUUCCACUCCGACUACAGAGCCUCCAUUAUCGGCCGACUGAGCUGCCAGUGAGUGUCUUGUCCUUCCCUCCCAUUCGGGGAGGGGGGUUGAGCAGCCAGUUGCUCACGGUCCUGCUGAGAACACGCCCUCCAGGACUGGGUGGGGUGGUCUGCCUGUUGCUUGCAGGUGGGGAGCUGCUGUGUGCCUUUUCUCCAACUGCAGGCCACAGGUGGCUUUUGAGGAGCUUCUGCCCACCUCCACCCCCACCCAAGCCCUGGACCUUCUGAAACGGCUCCUGGUAUUCAACCCUGAGAAGCGACUGACGGCGGAACAGGCAUUGGAGCACCCCUACGUGCGACGGUGAGUGUCUUGAGGACUGGUUUGCAGUGGAGGCAUCUUGGCCUGUGCUGGGUGGGGGGUUGCCCAUCUUCUGAAGGGUCAGACAGACAUGCUUGGGCAAGUUGCAGCCCAUGGGCCAGCUGGUCAGAUCCUGGUGCUUGGCCAAGGGCCAGCGUCUCUCCUUGGUGCCAGCCGAAGGAUCUUGUCUCACUCCGUGUGCUCUUGGCAGGUUCCACUGCCCCAGCAAAGAGCCUGCUCUUGACUACAGUGUGGUCCUCCCCCUGGAUGACGAUGUGCAGCUCUCUGUGGCUGAGUAUCGCAAUAAGCUCUAUGAGGUAAGACUCCUCGUGCACCCCUAAGACUGAAUGGGCUGCUGGCGCCCUUGACCUGUGGUCACCACGGCAUCCUCCAAAGGGACUUGGGUUGGUAACUACUGUGCAUGCCAACAUUGUGCAUGGCUUUUCUGGCAUGUGCAGCCUCUGCUGAGUCUCUAGCAGAAAGGAGUUCCAAGGGUUGAGGGGCAGCCACUGAGAACGCCUCCUACAGGUCCGCCUCUGUGCUUAGCCCCAGCAGGUCAGGGGGUGGAAAUGAGCCUAGGGCACUUUGGCCCAUCUAGCUGCCUACCCUGACAGGCCCCAUCACCUGUCUUCUUCCUGGACCUUUGCGGUUGAGAUGAAGCAUGCACCAGACCUUUUCUUCCUCUUCUUAAACCUGCUUGAAUUGAUCUUUUCCUGCCACAAGUUUCUUCUGCUCAGUAUUCCUAGCAUCACAUGAGUGGGGAGAAAUCCAGGUCAUCUAGGCUGUCCCCUCUCUGCUCAGUGGAAUGGUUGCCUGUCCUCUCCCUAAGUAUUUCCACUGCCAAUGCCUUUCUGUACCUGCCAUCAAAUUUGCAGAUGACACCAAACUGGGAGGGGUGGCUAACACCCCAGAGGACAGGAUCACACUUCAAAAUGACCUUGACAGAUUAGAGAACUGGGCCAAAACAAACAAGAUGAAUUUUAACAGGGAGAAAUGUAAAGUAUUGCACUUGGGCAAAAAAAUGAGAGGCACAAAUACAAGAUGGGUGACACCUGGCUUGAGAGCAGUACAUGUGAAAAGGAUCUAGGAGUCUUGGUUGACCACAAACUGGACAUGAGCCAACAGUGUGACGCGGCAGCUAAAAAAGCCAAUGCAAUUCUGGGCUGCAUCAAUAGGAGUAUAGCAUCUAGAUCAAGGGAAGUAAUAGUGCCACUGUAUUCUGCUCUGGUCAGACCUCACCUGGAGUACUGUGUCCAGUUCUGGGCACCACAGUUCAAGAAGGACACUGACAAACUGGAACGUGUCCAGAGGAGGGCAACCAAAAUGGUCAAAGGCCUGGAAACGAUGCCUUAUGAGGAACGGCUAAGGGAGCUGGGCAUGUUUAGCCUGGAGAAGAGGAGGUUAAGGGGUGAUAUGAUAGCCAUGUUCAAAUAUAUAAAGGAUGUCACAUAGAGGAGGGAGAAAGGUUGUUUUCUACUGCUCCAGAGAAGCGGACACGGAGCAAUGGAUCCAAACUACAAGAAAGAAGAUUCCACCUAAACAUUAGGAAGAACUUCCUGAGAGUAAGAGCUGUUUGACAGUGGAAUUUGCUGCCAAGGAGUGUGGUGGAGUCUCCUUCUUUGGAGGUCUUUAAGCAGAGGCUUGACAGCCAUAUGUCAGGAGUGCUCUGAUGGUGUUUCCUGCUUGGCAGGGGGUUGGACUCGAUGGCCCUUGUGGUCUCUUCCAACUCUAGGAUUCUAUGAUCCAGCGAAAGAAAGUUCUUAUCUGCUCUUGCCAUACUAGUGAUUUGAAACCUGAUCAGAUCUUCUUUGCAGAUGAUCUUGGAAAGGAGGGCCAGGAACCGCCACCCUCAAAAGCAUCAGCAGCCCCAAAAUGAGAACCUCCAGCCCAGUCCCCCUCCCAAAACGCGUUGUGAGGCACAAGGGGUGUCACCGCCCCUCCCAUCAAGGGGCUCCCCCCAGUUGUUGGCACCUUGUGAAGCUUCCCAGCAGAGGGCAAAGGAGACCAGGAGCCUUGGCCGCCUCAGGCCAGGGAUCACACACCCCCUGUGCAGUCCCGCCAGCCACAUGACCAGCCACGGUAGGUGUCCCCGUGCAACUGUGCCUUUGGCUGGGGUGAAUGAGAAGGACACAGUGCCUCAGAGCACCUUCCUUCGGCUUGUGAGGCUGGCCAGCCUCUUGUGAGAUCGCUGAGAGAGGCGGGUGGAGAGGUGGAGGACUGUGGGGCUCCAGCCGUUCCCAGCCAGCUUCCACCACGAGGUUGUGCUUGAAAAGCCUCCAGCCGCAGGGUUUCUGUGAGGCCAGGAAAUAGAGGAUGGCAGCAGAGCGGUGUCCCAGGACUCCCACUAGUCAAAGGCUAUUGAGGGAGGAAUUUGUCAUACGUUGUCAUACGUGUGUCAUACUUGUGGAGGAAAACCUUAAACACGUUGCAGAGUUCCCCAAAAUAGACCAGAGGCAAUAGUACUUCAUUCAGCAGAGCUUUCCUUGUGCUGAAGGCAAAUAAAGCAUAAUGGUUAUCAAAUCCAAUACAAUCAGGAUUGGCUCAGUCCAUGCAAAAUCCAGUUGCAGCAUUUAUAAACUUAGCACAUAAUAAGACUAAACCUUAGCACUAAGCAUCCUAUGUACAGAAACAGAAACACCACACCAGAAAGAAGAGAGAGAGAAGAGAAAAGAAGAGUAAAACACAGGCCCCUUCUGGCUUAUAUUUAUAGUCAGCAUGACCUUAAUUGGAAGAGAACUAAUUCAAAGCAGCUGUACUCAGCUUCUCUGAAGGUAUAACCCAAACAAUCAUUAACCCUUCUGCCUCUUCUUCUCACACACAGAGAAGCUUCUAGUAGCUUCUAGAAUUAAUCAGAAUACAAAAAAAGGAAAGAUCUUUACAAAUGAGAUCAAUACUUUCUGCACUAAGAAAUGCAAACUGACAGAAUUGGCUUGCCUUCUAGGAAGGAGGAGACCAGGAGCAGAGGGUGCCUGGGGUGUGUGUGUGCAAAAAGAACACCUGCACCUCAGGAAGCCUUGCCCUUGUCCUGUCUGGGCAUCUCUAGUGCCAGGAGAAGCUCGGGGUGGGCGUUCUGGCAGGACAGGCUGUGAUGAGUUUAUUGGCAGGCUUUAUCUCGUCCUUUUAUUCUGUUUAGUGUAAUAAUUCAAUUGUGUGUAUGUUAGCAGAGUGCAAAUUUUAAAAGUGAAAUAAUGCUAUAGGGAUUUCCCCACUGGCUUGGCUUUCUGGGUUGCCUGAUCUGCCUUACAAAGAUCUUGGGGUUCCUGCUGACCACCAAGACACCCCAUCUUUCCUUUGCCAGUCCAGGAAGGACCUUUGUUCAGGCUUGCUCAGAAUAAGUUGUUUGGAUGCCAUCAUCCUUUGCCAAAAUAGCAUAGGUGGUGCCCAAUGGAGAACCAAGAGAGGAGCCUCCCCCAGCCCCCGGUGGAUCAUUCCAGUCUGCCUGGGGCACUGAGCCUUCUCUGUGGCCUUUUCCUUCCUGAGUGUUGUGAUUCAGGCUCUCUCAUUUCAGCACAUAGCCUGGCUCCCAGCAACAUGGCCAGGAAUCGCUCUGCACCACUCCUGCAGCAGCCGGCUGCUGCCCUCAGCCAGAAAGUGGGGAAGCAGGCGCUCGCCGUACUAGCCAGCAGCCCACCCCCUGCAGCAGCUCCUCAGACUAUCCAUGGCGUGAGUAACUUGGUUGUUAUCUUCCUCUUCUUCCAGUGCGCAGCCCCUUCAGAGCAGGCGGCCAGCUGGCCAGCUGCAGGAGCCACGCACAAAGCAGCUCUCUGACGCUCCAGCUGCUGCAGAAUGAGCCCACCUGCCUCCCUCUCUCCCCCACCCCACCCCUACCAUGCUAGAGAGGCAAGGGAGAUGCAAUGAGGUCUCCGCCUCUUGGGCUCACUGCCUCCUAAAUGCCAAGCCGCUUCUCCAAAGCCCUUCUGCUCCAUCCCCUUCUGCCCCAGCACACGGCCCCACCUGCAGCAUGGGGGUCAUGAAGCAUCUCUGCCUUGUGGCAGGAGGGUGUAUGGGUGGCGAGGGGCAGCUUGAUCCUUUCUCAGUGAUGGCCGUUGUUAUGGGAAAUCUCCUCCCAGUUGCUGCAGCUGCUUUGCUUCCCCCUUCUCUACUCUUGAGUCAGGCAGGGUUCAGACUCCACUUUGCUUUGCUUCAGCAGGUACCCAAAGGCCUGGAGGUGGGGAGAGGCCAGGCAGCCUCCUUCCCCGGCCCCUUUCACUGUGUGCUCAAGCCCAGGAGGCGGCUCUUCACCACCACCUGAUGAGGAAGGAGGGCUCCCCCAGGAAGGUGGCUGCUGGCCUGGUGAGUGAAAUGGAGCCUCUUUCCUGCCCCCCCCAACACUUUGUUCCUAGCUUGGGGUCCUUGUGUGAAAGGAGCCGCUAGACCAAGAGCUCAACCAGCCAGGUGGGCUGCAGGUGGAGUGGGCAGUCAGGGUGGGCUACAGGUGGAUCUGGGGAAAGGCUGCAAGUUGAUUCCUGAUGACUUCUAAGGCUGGGAGAGCUUUGUGCAAAGCAGGCAGGGGUGAGGAACUGAAGAAGGCAGACUAUGCUCCUCUACGUGGGGAGACUGGGUUGCGAUGGACUAGGUUUCUCUGGUCUGGCAGGAAGGCAGAGGAGGGAGGCAGCAACCGGUUUGACAGGUCUGGGACUCCAGCUGUGACCGUGGCUGCAGCUGACUCCUCUGACACUGGGCUGCUUAUAAGGUGCAGCUGUCUGGCCAGCUCCAGCUCUCCAGUCCAAGACUGGUCAGGAAACAAAGGGGCUGAGUCUUGGGAGCUGCCGGGUUCAGCUCAGACCUUUCCAGUUGUCCCAAAUGGUAUGUUGAGGGAUGCUCCCCGUCCCAUGAAGUGUUCCUGCUCCCAUCUGCGGUGCCCCCACAGCUCUCCUGUCUCUUUUGCAGAAUCCAGGGAGCUCCGAGGUCCACAGCAGGGAAGCUCGCUCAUUUCUUAAGCCCAGUAAGAAGAUGUUCCGGGCUACAGCAAACGUGGGAAUGGCUGGGGACCCAAAGGCCUGCCUGGGCAGUUACUCCCAGUCCUAUGGGACCAUCUGCAAGUCUGCUCUUCAGAGUCUGCCUGUAUCAGACACUUGCCAGCAGGCAAUAGACCACAACACCCAGCAGCUUUGAACUUCCCAGCCCAGCUCAGCCUGCUCCCAAACUGCAGAGCCAAUCCUGCAACUGCCCAGGGCCUGAAAGGUGGAGGGAGGGAAGACGGGCAACCGCCUACCCUGUCACUCAGGACAGUUGAGCAGGGUGCUCUUGCUGCAGCACAGUCUCUGCUCUCCUGACUAAGACCUGCUUCUCUUCCCCAUUUCAAGCCCUGAGUGUAAAACCACUCUGGGAACCACCAGAGACAGAGAAAGUGCUGGCUGAGACCCCUGACCCUCCUCCCUGUGUGCCUUUGGGGUCCUGGGCCACCUGCCAACGCCUUUCUGCACUCUCCUCUCUGUGCCCAUGGCUGCAGCCUGUGGACUUAUUCUUGUAAGGGUUUUUAAUAAAAGGAGUCUUUUAAAAACAUCUUAAAAUAA